GGGAAUGCUUCGCGCUCUUGCCUCGCUCAUAAAAGGGAAAAAAGCGCGUGUGGUUCUUGACGUGCCGCGAAUCUUCGAACGUGGCCAUCCAGAAACUCUGAAAAAAGCGUUCGAGGAACGCGCCUGCCCCGCCGUUGCAAUUCCAGCACAACGAGCUUGUUUUGUUCGGGAUGCGAGACAGAGUCUCACUUUAUGGCCCUCGGUAGAGUGCCGUGGCAUCACACAGCUCGCAGCAACCUCCAACUCCUGGGCUUAAGCGAUUCUCUUGCCUCAGCCUCCCGAGCAGCUGGGACUACAGGCGCCCGCCACAGCGCCUGGCUAUUCUUUGGUUGCAGUUCAGCCGGGGCCGGGUUUGAACCCGCCACCUUCCGUACAUGGGGCCGGCGCCUUACCGACUGAGCCACAGGUGCCGCCCGGUGCCCCUCAUAGACCAUGGCCCUUGUGUCUGCUGAUUCACGUAUCGCAGAACUUCUCACAGAGCUCCAUCAGCUGAUUAAACAAACCCAGGAAGAGCGUUCUCGGAGUGAACACAAUUUAAUGAACAUUCAGAAGACCCAUGAGCGGAUGCAGACAGAGAACAAAAUUUCUCCCUAUUACCGAACAAAGCUUCGUGGCCUCUAUACAACUGCCAAGGCCGAUGCAGAGGCGGAGUGCAACAUCCUUCGGAAGGCCCUAGAUAAGAUCGCUGAAAUCAAGUCUCUCUUGGAAGAGAGGCGGAUUGCUGCCAAGAUCGCAGGCCUGUACAAUGACUCGGAACCCCCCAGGAAGACCAUGCGCAGGGGUGUGCUGAUGACCUUGCUUCAGCAGUCAGCCAUGACCCUGCCCCUGUGGAUUGGGAAGCCUGGUGACAAGCCCCCACCCCUCUGUGGGGCCAUUCCAGCCUCAGGGGACUAUGUGGCCAAACCUGGAGACAAGGUGGCUGCCCGUGUAAAGGCUGUGGAUGGGGAUGAGCAGUGGAUCCUGGCCGAGGUGGUCAGUUACAGCCAUGCAACCAACAAGUAUGAGGUAGAUGACAUUGAUGAGGAAGGCAAAGAGAGACACACCCUGAGCCGGCGGCGGAUCAUCCCACUGCCCCAGUGGAAGGCCAACCCUGAAACGGACCCUGAGGCCUUAUUCCAGAAGGAACAGCUAGUGCUGGCCCUGUAUCCCCAGACCACUUGCUUCUACCGUGCUCUGAUCCAUGCACCCCCACAACGGCCCCAGGAUGACUACUCGGUCCUGUUUGAAGAUACCUCCUAUGCAGAUGGUUACUCGCCUCCCCUCAAUGUGGCCCAGAGGUACGUGGUGGCUUGUAAGGAGCCCAAGAAAAAGUGAAGCUGGCCAGCAGACUCGCCAUCUCCCACCACCCUCAUGGGGGAAAACAACAAAGGUGUUCUGUGAUCGAAUAAAUACUUUCCCCC